GAUUAUCCUGUUUGCUAGACCUUUUUCUAUCACCACAUACACAGGACAUGGCAAAUUGUUUUUCUUCGGCUGAUUUACAAGAAGAUGCAGCCUGGAAAGUUUGUCACCAAGCUGCUGUUGAACAAAACAGCAUGGACUUGCCCUUUCUAGCUCCACAGCUCAAUAAUAAUAGUACUCCAGAUGAAGCUUCAUCUUUCAACUUCGAUGGCUAUCCUUUCUCCCUGCAUCCCUGGUCGAUUCCCGCUGAAGGGUUCGCCGAGGGAAGGGCUGCAAGUGCCUCUAGAAGCCAUAGUGAAGCGGAGAAGAGGCGUAGGGACCGGAUUAACGCGCAGCUUGCUACUCUGAGGAAACUGAUUCCGAAGUCUGAAAAGAUGGACAAGGCAGCUCUACUGGGCAGUGUGGUUGAGCAUGUGAAGGAAAUGAAGAACAAGACGACGGAGAUCAGCAAUUGCAUGAUGAUCCCAACUGAUGUUGACGAAGUAACAAUCGAUUAUGUGGAUGAUGAAUACUGCAGCUCCAUAGCCAAGGAUCGGAAAAUCUUGCUCAAGGCUUGUGUUUGCUGCGAUGAUCGGCCAGAAUUCUUUUCGGAGCUGAAUCGGGCUCUGAAAAGCCUCCGGCUGACCACAGUUGAAGCAAAUGUCAUCAGCUUGGGGGGCAGAAUCAAAAGUAGUUUCAUCCUUUGCCCCAUUAGUAGUAGUGUGGAAGGAGGGAUUUGCAGAAACACACUCAAGCAGUCACUAAAACUAGUGUUGAGUAGGAUUGCUGCCUCAUGCACCACUAGUACUGGAUCAAACUAUCGUAUUAAAAGUAGAAGACAAAGGUUCUUCUUGCCUUCUCAUUAAUUUAAUUCGUUAUUAAUUUCAAAACAUCUCUUUUUUUUAAAUAAAAAAAAAAAACAGCCUUUGGAUCUUCAACAUUUGCUGCGGCUCCUUCUUCUGAUUAUAUAUAGUACGUAUAUAUUAUACAUUGUAAACAUUGCUGUGCUAAUUAAUAAAUAUUUAUGCAUAUGGGUAGAUUUGCUUUCAGCCAGAAAUAGCACUUGUAUUAGAAUUUGAUGUUGAUCGUACUAAUAUUAGCUGGGGUGGCUAGAAUUGCUUUGCUUUAUUUACUCAUUUCCGACCGGCAAUGUCUCCUAACUCUCAUAAGUUAUAAUUGUCACAGGAGACCAAGUUGUACUUGUGAUGCAAUAGUAUACUUUUGAUACUA